UUGUGUGUAUUUUGUCGCUUGCUGAUGACGUCAGUGGUUCUUCCAUCAUGGCGGCGGAGAGCUGUGAAGAGAUGAGCGGUAACGGGGUGCCCGAAGAGUCUUCAGCCAUGGAUGUCACAGAGGCACUGCCACCUCCUCCUGAAGCGUCGGAGGAAAAUGGCGGUGCAGCUGCGGCCCCUGAGGGUCCUGCAGACCCAGAUAACUACUCCACAGCCCUGGCAACAGCGAGCGAACAGGAGGAUCUACCUGCAGACUUUGAGCGUCUGUGGAAAGCCGCACAUGACAAUCCUCAGGACUUCCCCAGCUGGACCGAUCUGCUCCAGUACUGUGAGCAUGAGGGUCAUGCUGCCGCGUACCGCAGAGCGCUGGAAGCCUUUCUGGUUCGGUAUCCUCUCUGCUACGGCUACUGGAAAAAAUUUGUCGACCUGGAACGUCGAGGCGGCGACAACAAUAUAGCAGAGGAGGUGUGUAUUCGUGGUCUUCAAGCAAUUCCUCUGAGCGUAGAUCUUUGGAUCCACUACAUCAAUCUGCUGCUGGGAACGUUGGACAUGAACCUGCCCGAUUCAGCUGUUCGGAUUCGCAGUGUUUUUGAGAAUGGCGUUGCGUCGUGCGGUUUGGAUUUCCACUCGGACCGCCUGUGGGAUCUCUACGUGGAGUGGGAGAAGGAGCACGGAAACGUGAAGAACGCAGCGGCCGUCCUGGACCGAGCGCUCAGAGUUCCCACUCAGCUCUACAGCACCCACUACGACAAGUUCAAAGCGCAUCUUAACAACAACCCGCCUAAAGACGUGCUCCCCUCUGAGGAGUACGAGGAGCUGAGGGCGACGUGCCGGCAGAGCCAGAAGGCAAAGCGGGCCGAACAGGCCCAGGAGGCGGACGAGGAGAGGCCGCCAGGAGAGGAGGAGCCCGCUACACCCGAGGGUACCGACUCGGAGGAGCUGAUGCAGAAGAUAAGAGACCAGGUUCUGCUUCGUAGAGACAAAGUUUACCAGGACAACGAGGGAGAAGUCAGGAAAAGGUGGAACUAUGAAGAUGCUAUCAAGCGUCCAUACUUCCACGUCCGGCCGCUGGACCGCCUCCAGCUCCGAGCCUGGCACACCUACCUGGACUGGGAGAUCGCUGAGCUGAACAAAGACACCAAAGAGUCGUCACAAGAUCCAAACCAGGAAUCGACGGAGGAAUCUGAGAUCACAACGCAGCGCCAGGAAGCAUCAGAUGAUGCUCCCGCCGUCCAGGGCGACCACAGAGUUCGCAUCCUGUUUGAGCGCUGCCUGAUCGCCUGCGCUCUGUACGAGGAGUUCUGGACCAGGUACAUUCAGUACCUGGAGCCGCAGGGUGUGCAGGAGACCCGGGCCGUCUACAGGCGAGCCUGCCAGGUCCACCUCCCCAACAAGCCCAACAUCCACAUGCAGUGGGCCACGUUUGAGGAGCGACACGGUGACCUCAACGAGGCCCGGCGGGUUCUGGAGGCCCUGGAGAAAGCCCGGCCUGGUCUGGCUGUGGUUCGCAUCCGCAGGGCGGCCUUAGAGCGCCGCGCGGGCCGGCUGGACCAGUCGGAGGCUCUGCUGCGAGAGGCGGUGGCUGAAUCCAAAGAGAGGCCGACGCUGCACGCCUUCUACUCCAUCAAACUGGCCCGUCUGCUGCUCAAAGUGGCCAGAAACCCAGACGGCGCCCGCACGGUUUUACAGGAAGCGCUGGAGAUUAGUCCGGAUAACGACAAGCUGCACUUGAACCUGUUGGACCUGGAGUCAUCUGCGGAGCCGGGGGCUUCGGCCGAGGCGGUGCAGGAGUGUGUGACUCGGGCCCUGGCGGCUCCGCUCACCCCACAAACCAAGUUACUUCUGUCACAGAGAGGCCUCCAGUUCACAGAGGAGUGCAGCAACUCCAUUAAGAGCGUGCUGUCCGUCUACGAGGCGCAUCAGAAGCUGCUGGACGAGCUGGGAGGCACAAAGAGAGAAGCAGAGAACGGGGACGAGGAUCCAGAGAAAACUAGCAAAACAGACGACAGCUCUUCUUCUUCUGCUGCUGCGCCGGCAUCCAGCACGUCACAUGUUCCCAUCACCACGCCGCCGCCUCCUGUGAUGGGCGCCGACCCGAGCGCCCAGACCGGAUACGGAGCGUACAGCAGCUGGUACCAGCAACCGCAGUACGGCGGCUACGGCGGCUACGGCUACCAGAACGCCUGGAACUACAACCAGUCCUACUAUCCACCCAGUUAAGCCGGACAGCUCUGGAACCGGUCCGACCCGUCUGAGCAACAGACUUAUUUCCCAGCAUGCCUCUGUGCUUUCGGCUCGGGGUCGGUGAAUCUCGGUGGAAAAAGCAGCUAAAGGGAAACCGUGGCACCCAUUUUCUGUAAAGUCUUCUGAUUUUAAUUAAAAUUAUUUUUGUAUUUGUUGUCAAAUCGACGCCUUCUCUCAUGUUUUAAAGUCGCUUUCUCUAUCCAGUGUGUGAAUGGCGUUUUGUACCAUUUGUUGGUUUUUAAUGUACAUAAAAUGUGUUUUAUAGUGUCACA